AUGGCUUUUGUUGCCAGUAUUCCUGUACUGGCUAUUGAUACAGCCGUUCUGAGACAUAUAAGUUUUGUCGUAGAAUAUAAUUAUGCAUUGGAAAUAUUUCUUGUCAUUUCAUCGCAAGUAAUGGAUUACGCUUUGGCAGGCAUAGUAUGCAGAUUUCUGGUGUGGCCUUCAGAAAUGGUUUGGCCAGUGAAUUUACCAUACAUCGCUUUGUUACGCACACUACACAAACCGGAACAAUCAUUGAGCCAUCGAUGGUUACAUCUAACACGUCUAAUUUUUUUUACAUUUGCAACCAUUGGUCAAGCAAUAUAUUAUUGGUUACCGGGUUAUAUUAUGCCUGUAUGGUCUGCUUUUUUGCUGCUGUAUGGUUUGGGUUUUGGAUCAUUUCAAGUUGAUUGGUAUAGUUUAACAUCUCGAUUAUCAUCGCCGAUUCUUGGUCCUCGUUGGGCUCAAAUAGAUAUACUUGUUGGUUUUAUCUUUUUUGUUUGGAUUUUUAUUCCGGGAAGUAUUUAUUAUGGGAACCUGUGGAAUUUCAAAAUUUUUCCAAUAUUAAACAAGUAA